GUGAAUUCGAGCAGCUCAGAUAAACACAGGAAGGCGGGAGAUCCGUGAGAAAUCUCGAGUUAUAUCAUAUAAACAAACGAACAGCAGGUCGAGGAUCCGGAAGGAAGAGUCUGAGAUCGAGAAGUUUGCUCUGACGCUGAAAGUGCAGAAGACAGGAGGAAUAGACGGAGGAGAAAUGGAUCCCUUGGAUUUUAUAACGAACGAAGAGUUGAUGAAGUUUUUUCACUGCAAGAAGACGGAGAUCUCGUGCACGGAGGAACCGCACACCUUCCUAAAACAGCUCCGAGACCAUAACUUGGUACCUGAGAAGCUCUACCAGAAAGUAAUAAGGAUGAAGUGUAAAGACAGAAGACAGGAAGGUGUGUAUCAGAUUCUGGAUUGGCUGGAGAAGGAGCGAGGACAUUGUGUGAAGCGGUUUUGGACUUGUGUAUUCAAGAACCUCAUCCUGCAGAAAUACCAGGUUUUCCGCUCGCUCCAUAACAGCCUCCUGGAUGGAUCCUUCAGGUGUUACACGGCGCUCUUUGCGGCAGAGGAACUAAGCAGCAGUGAGCAAGACUCAAUCCAGAGCAUGGAGGAUAAAGCAAAUGGACAGACGAAUGGAAAGAGAAAGAAAAGCACUGAAAAAGCAGAGGAGAAGGAUGAACCAGGCCCUUCAUCGCUCUCUAAAUGUAUCCAGAAGAAACCGGCUAAGAGGCUCAGUUUCAACGCGCCGCUAAAACAAGGACACAAGGCGGAUUUUUAUAAAUCUCAGCUCCCCGUUACGUGCGGCGAGAAAGAAGGCACUCUGUAUCGGGAAAAACUGGCCAAAGGCUACAAAAAUAUCUGUUGUGACGGUCGUUGGUUCAGCGCAAGUGAAUUUGAGAAGUUUGCCGGACAGGGAAAUGGAAGGAACUGGAAAAGGAGCAUCUACUGCCAAAACACGCCACUGCACAAACUUAUAGAGGACGGCUAUCUACAGUUUCUAAGACCCCAUGAUCAGAAGAAUCAGAAGAUUCAGCUUCCAGUCAGCAGUUUGGAAGCCCCGAGUCCCCUGUUGCUCCACCGGUGUCUGUUAGAGUCGGCGUCCAGUGCAGGGACGGAGGGAUCGUGGAACGAGGCAGAUAAAGAAGGAGACGAGGAAGAAGACGGCCAGCCAGUGGAUCUGUCUAAAUUUCAGGGUUAUGCUUUGCCGGUCAGCUGCGGGUCCGUCAGUGGAGUUUUAUAUGAAAGCAGGUUUAGAGGGUCACGCUCUAAGAGCAUCCGCACAGAGGAGCGCUGGUUCAGUCCUGAGGAGUUUGUGAAGCAGGAGAUAGUUCUGACAGACGGACACUGGGAGAGGGAUAUACUGUGUCAUGGCAAAACACUCAACUACCUGAUGAAGAAGAAGAUCCUGACUGCACAUCCAUCUGAGUGUCACUGUUUUCGGUGUUCUCCUGCCAACCUGCAGGAGCAGGAUAACGAUGACGUGUGCUUCAUUUGUAACUCCGCUGGGAUUAUGGUGUGCUGUGACGAGUGUCCAAGAUCUUUCCAUCUUCUCUGUCACUUACCGGUGCUGGACGAAGAAACUCUUGGGAAGAAUUGGAUGUGCACUUUUUGUGUGUUAAAGACUAACCAGCAGUUGUGGAUUCACAUGACCAGCGAAGGCGUUCUGAACAGUCCUGUUUCAGGAAAUGUUAUGCACUGUGAGUAUUUGCUGUUGUGUUUGUACAGGGAGGAUGCGCUGCGUGUGUUUACCGCAGACCCCACAAAAACAGUGCCGAGGUACACCAGGGUGAUCUCUAAACCCAUGUGGCUGGACCAAGUGAAAACCAAACUGCAGAAAAAUUCAUAUCAAAUUAUGAGAGACUUUGUAGAAGACAUCAGGCUCAUCUUUCAGAACUGCCGCAUUUUCAAUGAGGACAAUGAGUUUGGAAAGAUGGGAGCCAGACUGAGUGAGAUCUUUGAGCAUGAGUUACUCACCAUCUUCAAGAUCCAGUAGAGAAUCUCCUCAUUCACAACCCUGCAUUAACCUCCAACUACAUGUCUGUAUAUCUACAUUACUGUGCAAAAGUCUCACCUUGCUGAUGCAAAUAUGAUUCUGGGUCUGUCACAUUCUGUGAUCUUUGGUAUUUUGUGAAUGAAAGUUGGUUUUCUUAGCAAGCUUCCAAAGAAUUCAACUCAUACAGCAUAUUUAUUUAAUGCUCAAGCCUGUUCUGCACAAACCUGGUGUAACAGACCAAAGUUUAAGAGGUUUUAAUUCUGAGAACCAGGAGCCCAGGAGAAGAUUCUGUCUCUUCACAGGAAUGAGCACUGGUGGCUGGUGAGGAGCACCAGCAAAUGAGUCUCUUGGUGUAUUAGAACCAGGACCCUGGGGAGGUUCCUCUCUUUGCCCAGGAAUGAGCACUGGUGGCUGUGGUAGAGCUCCAGAGGAUGAGUCUUUAAAAUUGUUCUCUCGGUGUAUGAGAACCAGGACCCUGGGGAAGAUCCCUCUCUCUGCCCAGGAAUGAGCACUGGUGGCUGUGGUAGAGCUCCAGAGGAUGAGUCCUUGAAAGUUUUCUCUCGGUGUAUGAGAACCAGGACCCUGGGGAAGAUCCCUCUCUCUGCCCAGGAAUGAACACUUUUGUUUGCAGAGCUCCAGAGUCCUUCACAGCAGUUAUUUCCACAUGAAAUAUUCGGACAAAUAUAGAUUUUAGCAUUGACAGUAAUUAAAGAUCUUUUUAUUUUAUGUACGAGAGUCAGAUUCCUGCUAUUGCUCAAAUUUCUAUAUUUUCUGGUUGUAUUCUACUAAAGAGACAUUAUACAUUUCUAUGGUCAUUGAACCAUUGCUGAAACAUCUAAUGGUGACCUAAGACUUCUGCACAGUACUUUUCUUUAACAUGAACAAGUAAAUAAUAAAAAAUAAAUAAAGUCUUUAGAUCAUACUGGAUAUGUUAAUGUGUUAGACACGGCUUUAUGAAUGUAAAUCCAAUAUAUAUUAAUUAAACUGGUUUGAUGUUCAGUUGAGGUUUUAGAUUUUAAUAUUUGGUUGUGUGUUUAAUGAAAUCGCACUUUUUAUACACUUUUAAAUAACGUUUUUGAUUUCUACAUUGUAGUCACACUGUUUUCUGACAAAUAGGGUUUUGUUUGUUUGUUUUUUGCUGUCCCGAUUGCUUGAUAUCUGUUAUAAUACGAGGUAAAAUGCUUUUUCUUUCUAGUAUGUUAAUUAACAAUAGUUUAUUAAAAAAAUUUACA